AUGUCGGCGAAGGACAGUGGCAAUAUUGAAGUUGUGUGGGAAACGCUGUUAGCUGGCAUCAGACAGAUUUUUGGUCAUCAGACCAUACAAUUGAGCGAAUUAAUGGCAUUAUAUACGAUAGUUUAUGAUUACUUUGUGCUUGGUUACAUUGGAGAAGCAUCACCAUCGACACAUAUACCAGUGAACGUGUAUGAAGAGUACUUUGAAAAACAAUUUUUAAUUGAUACUGAACAUUAUUAUAAAUUACAAACAGUCAAGUAUUUGAGUAAUCAUUCUGUAAUGGAAUAUUUGACGACAUUUGAAGCAUAUCUUAAUAAAGAACAACAACGUAUGAUUUAUUUACGCCAGUCAACAAUGAAACAGUUAAUUGACAUAUGCUCGAAUUUGUUGAGGCAGGAUCAGUUAGAACCAAUUUAUGCUGAAUUCGAAAUGUUGUUAAAUAACAACAAUAACUAUGUCUUGAAAAAGCUGUUCAAACUGAUUUAUUGGAUGCCGAAAGCCAAGACUGAACUGAAGAAGAUUAUAGAACAACAUAUUCAUACAAAAGGUCUACAGGCCAUUCACGCUGUCAGUGUACAAGCAAUAAAUGAUCCUAAAAUAUAUGUGCAUACAAUUCUUGAUGUAUAUAACAGAUGUCUGAUAAUCAUUCAAGAAUCAUUUAUUGGUGAACGCGAUUUCACAGAAGCACUCGAUAAAGCAGCAUGUGGAUUGGAAUAUACGUCAAAAUUUCGGAGAAUGUUUCAAGACGUUGCUAUUAGUAAAAAUAUGAAUGAAGAAUACGUUAUGUGGUUGGAAAACAGAAAUGAAAGAACAACACUUGAUUUUUCCGUAAUGAUUUUCAAUUCAAAUUCCUGGCCAUUUCCGUCGUCCUCAACAAUUAAUUUAGCACCAGAACUUAAACCAGCAUUUGACAGUUUCACAGAAUUCUAUACGAAGCAACACAACAAACGAAAAUUGAUCUGGUUACAUCAACGUUCAAAAGGCGAACUUCAAACACUGUAUCUAAAGCUGAAGUUCAUUCUGCAAGUGUCUGGGUGUCAAAUGAGCAUUCUGUUAUUAUUCAAUAAAUAUCCAGAAUUAAUUGUCAAAACAAUCCAAGAUGAAACACAAAUGACAUUAGAAACAUUACUACCGGUGAUUAAGCAGUUGUUAAAAUCAAAAAUAAUCAAGCAUUCAUGCACUAGUGAAGAGGUAGGGGAAAAUUCGCUUCGAAUGGAAGAUGUACUCAAAUUAAACACGGAUUACAACAAUAAAAGAACUCGAGUCAACUUAAACAUACCAGUUAAAGUCGAAGUUAACGAUGACUCGCAGUGCGUUCGAGACACAAUUGACAAAGAUAGAAAACUAGUUAUUCAAGCGGUCGUUGUGCGAAUAAUGAAAAUGAGACAAACGUCGAAAGAUACACAGUUGAUCGGAGAAGUUUUAAAGCAAUUAUCGGCACAGUUUAGACCAGACGUAUCAGUCAUCAAAACAUGUAUCGAUAAGUUAAUCGAAGAGGAGUAUUUGAAACGUGCGCCAAAUGAAAGUGACACAUACCACUACCAGGCAUGA